GAAAAUAAUUAUCAUUUUUUAGAAUGUAAUUAGGAGGAACUAAAUUCCUCCUAGUCCUACAGUACAAGGACCUCCAGCGUAGGUAUUCCGAAAGGAAUAACAACAACUAGAAAAAAAUUUCUCACAGUUCCGGUUGAGCCCAGGCUUACAAGCUGACUCCUCACUGACUCUCACUAAGCUUUACACCAUAACCAAUCUGUACAUUAGCAAUUCAAUCCAAAAACAAUAAUAACUGUUUGAGAAAAGUCCUAAAGGAGUAGGCCGUUUCGAAAAUCAUGGUGGGGUGGCAGAGGCAUUUGCAAUGUGCACUCCGUCGAAUUCGAAGAAGACUGGAACACAAUUAUUCUCUGUCUUCCAAUUACUCUUCCACUUCCACUUCUCGCUUGAGCCCCUCCCUUUUACCUAGCGAACUGCCUGGUAUUCAGAGAUUGUGGAAGCCACCUUCCGCUAGCAUCUCAUCGCCUUUAUAUCAGUAUUUCCAGCAAUUGGGAAUUUCCACUUCAAGGAAAUUACUAGCAGGUUCUUCUGAAGAGACACCCAUUUCAUCACCAUUAACUCCUGUUUUGGCAAUAGAUAGUGGAAAGACUGAAGAGAAGAAAGUUGUUGCUAAUCGCACAAAAGUUCAGGCGGUUUUAAAGAAAAUAAAACAGAGUCCCAAGAAGUUCAACUUGGUUGCUGCACUAAUUCGUGGUACGCGUGUCGAAGAUGCAUUAUUGCAGUUGCAAGUGACGGUAAAGCGUGCUGCUAAAACAGUCUACCAGAUUAUUCACUCAGCUCGAGCAAAUGCUACCCAUAAUCAUGGAUUGGAUCCUGACCGUCUGCUAGUUGCUGAGGCAUUUAUUGGAAAGGGAAUGUUUCUGAAAAGAGUGUUGUUCCAUGGGAAAGGAUGGGCCGGCAUUAAAGAGAGACCGGAAUGCCGACUAACGGUGGUAGUGAGGGAGAUGACAGCGGAAGAGGAGGCUGAGAUAGCCAGACUGAGAGUAAGCAAGUUUCGCAAGCUUACUAAGCGAGAAAGACGACUUGUACCCCAUAAGCUGAUUGAAACCACUCCUAUUUGGAACCGCAAAGGUAAAUCCAGCAGCCAGCCAGCCUUGAACCAAAUGGCUUGACUCCAUGAGAUUUCUCCCCCCCCCAUGUGUUCUUUUUUUUUCAUUUCAGCAUAUGGUUUUUAAGUAAUAAAAGGCAUCGUCGAAAUGUAGAAUUUAAUUAUUUUCAGUGGCUGGAUAGAUUUUGGGGAUCUUUUUACCAUUCAUUUAGAGUCAAAAGCUGCUUUUCAUUAAUAUAUGAAGCUAAGAUUUAGAACUAACGUGCCAUGGGUACUUGUAAGUCGGAUAUACAAAUUUAUUGAUUUUUUUAUUACUAUUUAAUUUCUAAUAAAACAAUCGAAUAUUUUCAUGCCUCGAAA